AUGUCCGCCCCGUACUACAAUCCAGCUCCUUCAACUCUUGCAGACAUGCCUUCUCCCACUCUUAGCGAGGCUGCUGGACAGCCCAUCAGGAAGAAGAGUAAAGCAGGCCGUAAGCCAAUCUAUCACACCGCGGAAGAGCGCCGUGACAGGAACAGAGCUAGCCAAGCAGCCUUCCGCCAUCGCAAAAACGCCUAUGUUGCAAAUCUCGAGCGAACAGUCCUUCAACUCGCACAGAUCGCGGAACAAUAUCAACACGAAGCCAAGCGCGCCAACGAUCAACUCGCUGUGCUCCGUUCACAGCGUUUGCUGGAGUCGACGCCUAUCAGUCCCGUCAGUAACAAGGAAUUCGACUUUGAUUUUGGCUUGGAUGGUGUAGGAGAUGCUCAUGACACAGGCGACGUUCACUCUGGCAAGUGGCACCUCCUCCGAUGA